AUGGAAGAUAUAAAUACAAGAGAAAAGAAAAAGAUGAAAGCACCAACUACUUUAUCAUCAACAUUAUUCAAAUCUAUACUUAACCAUUCGUAUCUUAGAAGUUUGAUAUUCAAUCAUGUUAGUUCUAUUCACAAGCAGUUAGAUAUUACAACUGUUAAAGUAUCAUCACUCAAUACUGCCAAUGAUUAUAUUCGAUAUGGUUUGAAUGAUCUAUUCUUUAAACAUAUAGAUCAACUUUGGUCAUUGAUGUUUCCCGAUGAUUAUAGAAAUGAUAAUAAAAUAACUAAAAUAAUGACAACAGCAAUUGAUUAUCAUAAUGAUAGAGUAUUGGAAUACUUGUUGAAUAGAAUAAAGAGAGAGAGUGGACCUUUUCAAACAAUGGUUACUGUCAAUUACGAAAAGAAACGAGCAAGUCAUAUAGUCAAACUACUAAGUGCAAAUGUGUUUAAUCUAUUGGUAGAUGACAAUGUACAAAUAGAGUCUGAUGGUUUAUUACAUAGAAUGGCAAAGACUGCAAUCAUGGUAGUUGGAGAUGUAGAUGUCAUCAGACACUUGUUUAAUCGAUACAACCUCGUCGACAAUCUUUCCUCACUCUUUACAGAGUAUCAACAAGCGGGUUGUGCAUCUCCAACAGCCAUGAAAGAAUUAUUCGAGAAAAAGACAGACCUAGAGUUGAUCGAGUUGUACCGUGCAGUCAUCAAAGUCAACAAAAAUGAUGGCACUAGAAGCCAGACUGAAAACAUUUUGAAUGCAUUGGCCAAUGACCGUAUCAAACUCGUUCAAAACAUCUUGAACGUAUCCUCAAGACGAGAUAAUCACAUGAGUGAUUGGAAACGAAGCGUCUCGUGGCAACUAUUUUCACCGUAUGCAACCAAAAAGACAAGUGAGAAUGUUCGCAAGAAUGAACUCAACCAUUUCUCACUGUCAUGGGAUCGCUACGAUUACGAUGAUCAAGGAUUAUUGGAAAAGUUCAAAAAUGGAACAGACAUUGACAUGCUUGAAUUCAUGGUAUCACGACAGAACAGCAACUCUGCAGCAUUCAAAGAGUUUAUCAAUCAAAAAUGGCCGUUUCCUCUAUCACUUGCAUCUGCAUCUUCAAAAGAGGCAGUAUCAUUCUUACUAGAGUAUGCUCAAAAAGAUGGUACCUUUGUCAUCAAUGUCGGCACAAACUAUCCGUAUCAUCCCAUCAAAGAGAUCGAUCCCAUCUUUUGCUCGCGUCACUAUAUUGAUCUCUUUUCAAAGUAUGUUGUAUUUAGAUACUCCACAUCAUCUUCUACAUCCAAUAUCGUCCGAUCAACACUCCGACAAGCACCCAAAGGUCAAGAGUAUGAAGAAUUGGAUUAUGUACUCAAAUCAAAGUUUUGUCAUAAUUUAAAUAUCGAUUUUGCAGACUCUCUUGCGUCAAUCAUUGACUUGUCUAGUGAUGAUGGAAAUGAACAUUUCAUUGAAAGAUUGGUAGCAUAUGCAAACGAAUACCCUACAAAAUGUCUAUUUCCAAUGGAAUCAGUUCACAAGUACACCCAAGAUGAUUAUCAUGGUCGUGAUCAAUUCUUGUCAGUCGUUGCAAGAGUACUUGAUGAAUGUGGAAUCGAUGAAACUGAUGACGAACCUAUAUUCAUAACUGGAGAGAGUGACAAGUGGAUACUACCACCUUUACUAGUUGAAACGAUGGCUGACCAGUUGAGUGUCUAUCACUACUACUUUUAUCUGUCAAGUGCAGCCAUGACAACCAACAUGGAACUCUACAAAAAGAUGUUUAAACUAUGUUCAGAGGGAAACAAAGUCGACAGUUUUGAUCUAGUCAGAAUCGUUUCAUUGUUGGUCAAUGCAGGACACUAUGCAUUUACAAAGGAAUUCAUCAUCAACUCAUACAUUGAUUUGACAGCCGAGAAACCAAAAACAUUGAAAAAAUCAAUGGACAUUAUAUUCCAAUUAUACUUUGAUUUGGUUAAAAAGGGUACACUGGCAAAAGAGGAUGAUGGUAUGGAUAUUGACCAACAAGACUAUCAAGAAUUGGCUGAAGAAAUUUUAAAUCUAUUACCAACUGAAAAUCAAUUUGAAAUACUGUAUUAUGCAAUGGACAUGACUGAUGAUCAGUUCAAUAAUAUUUGGGACCAAUUCUACAAUGAUUCAAAUGUUGGAGAUUGGUUGGUAGACCCAUCAAAACAUUUAGAAUCAUUAAAAUACAAUCAAAAAUUCUUUAAUCAUCUUGAAAGAUUGUAUAGACUCUAUCAACAAGAUCAACUUGACAGACACCAAACUAUCAAAUAUCCAAUGAAUCCACCUCCAUUGAUAAUAGAAUAUAUUGGAAUUUGGAAUCAAUGUAUACAAAAUUAUUAUUUCAACAACAAAGAUAAUAAUAGUAAUAAUAAUAGAAUAGUCACAAAUUAUACUCAAAAAGAAUAUGAUCAUUUUAUGAAAUUGGCAAUUGAAAUUGGUUUCAUUCCAGACAAGGAAUUAAAAUAA